AUGAGAGACCAGAUAAAUUUGCGCCUCAUCUUGGUAAGCGGGAAAACGAAAGAGUUCCUGUUUUCACCAAAUGACUCUGCUGCAGAUAUCGCAAAGCAUGUGUAUGACAACUGGCCCAUGGAUUGGGAAGAAGAACAAGUCAGCAGUCCAAAUAUCUUAAGGCUUAUUUAUCAAGGGAGGUUUCUUCAUGGCAAUGUGACAUUAGGAGCAUUAAAACUUCCUUUUGGCAAAACAACAGUGAUGCAUUUGGUGGCUAGAGAGACAUUGCCAGAGCCAAACUCUCAAGGUCAGAGGAACCGUGAAAAAACUGGAGAAAGCAAUUGCUGUGUAAUCCUGUAACCCUGUUAGCUUUACCUGCUAAGUGUGAUGUAAUAUAGUCUUUGUCUUUCAUGCUGCUGGAAUAGAAGAGGCCCUACCCUGCUUCAGACACCUGUAGGAAGAGCCUGUCUGUAAAUCCGUGGAACUGAAGUAUUACACGAACACUGUCUCAUUAGUCUUUUUUUUUUAAGAGAAAGAUCUAUGAACACUUUUCUUUUUUCUUCUUCUUUUUUUUUUUUUUUUAAUUCCUCCUUUUUGUUUUUUGAAUAAUCUUACAGUACAUCAGUUCUUGGAAGAAUUCAGUCUCCUGAAAAUUUGGUGUGUUCUUUUCCAUAGCAGGAAUCACUUUGCUACCACAGAAAUCUCCAUUAACCGGAUCUAACCAGUCAAGCUUAUUAGAUGCAGUUUGCACUAAGUGUGGUUGACAGUCUAUCAUCAACAAUCUCUAACAAUAUUUGAGACACCUAAUAAUAAUAAUCUACAACGUGUAUUGCAACACUGGAAAAUUGUCUAUCUAUAAUUAAAACAAAUCUCACUUAUGGCCAAAUGAAAGGAAAAGCUGUUACAGCAAUUCUACCUAAGUCAACCUCAGUGGCCUAACUGGCACAGAAUACUAACUAAACCAAGUCUAACUAUAUAUAUUUUCACUGCAGCAAACAAAAAAAACAAAUGAUGUGCCUGUAAUUUAGAAGCACUCUGGGGAGGGCUGACGAAAUGGAUUAUUUCGUUACUGCGUUGCACUCUGAUCUCCUAGGUUAGCUGAGUGCUUAUUGAGACAGCACAAACAAGUGCAGAGAGUGCAUUUCCUAGCCUUAAUAUGGGAGGGGUAAUUUCCUGUAGUUCAUAGGCUUUUAUUAUUGUGCAUAAACGUUAGGAAACAUUAUUUACUAAUCAAUUUUAUGUAUUUGAAUAUUGGCAAUUGGUGUUUUUCAGUCAUUUCUCACCUGUACCUUAGUGUCCACCGUCAUGCUUACUCAUUAGAAACUUAAAAAAAAAAAUUAUUAAAGUUGAAAAAGCAAAAAGAAAAAACCUCUGCCAUAGUACUAGUUUUGUUUCUUUACGUAAUCUGCAUUUGAUAUUAGUGCUUGCAAUUGUAAUAAAAUCAGAAGCUGAUUUUUGAAGGCAUACAUAAUUUAAAAGGAUGCCAUUCGUUUAUUUCAUAUCAAUAAUUUAAAUGUUGAUAUGCUAAAGAAAUUUGCACAGCACUAAAGCAUGAGCUAGUUUCAUCUAAACCUGUAAAAAAUAAAAAUAAAUAAAAAUAAAAAAAUAUAAAAGAUUUUAUAUUUUUUCACUGGGGAGGAAUUCUUCCUGGGUGAAAUUACAAAUAUGUGUAGAAUAUAUUUAAUAAAAAUCUUAUAAAAUACAUAACUAUAGAAGUUAAAUAUAGAUUGGCGUGUAGUAUAAUAGAACAAUAUUCCAUAUAAAUAGCUUUAGCCUUUGAAAAAAAUGAGUCACAGGUUGACAUUGUGUCUGUACUUAAGUGUCCACAACUCUUACAGAUGUUCUGUGUAAUCGUUUUUUCGAAUGAUUGGCAUCAUUCAAAUGUAAUCAGGUUAUUUUAUUCAUUGUUACUGCUUUGACGAAAUGCUUUAUAUGCAGUAGAUUUACAAAAAUAUUGUUCAUACUGAUCAGAAUUAAAUUUGUAUAGAGCAGAGUUUUAAAACAAAUUGUAAAUAGCACUAAACAUUUUCUUUCUGCAACCUGUACUGAUAGACUCUUCUGUAAACUAAAUAAAAGAAUAUUGUAGUGCA